GCUAGACGACUCAGCUUAUCGCUAUUGCUACUGCUGGCAUCUACCCGGGACGUUCCAAGAGCAUAGAAAUCGAUCAUGGCUUUCUCACUGGGGACGAUCAUCUACGUAGCAUUGUUGUUGACGAACGCGAUCGCUAUCCUUAGCGAAGAACGGUUCUUGGCCAAGAUUGGCUGGUCGACGUAUUCGGCUCAACAAAUCGCUUCCUCUUCGAACGCUGGGUUUGGCUCGGUGCCAUCGUAUAACAACGACCCGAACGCUGGGUCCGCUGGGGUCGUAGGAGGCGCAUCUGGGGAAGGACAGGGAGUGAAGGCAAGGUUGAUCAACCUGAUAGCAGCGGUACGGACUUUAUUACGAAUCCCAUUGAUCGCGCUGAAUAUCGUCGUCAUUGCCUACGAGAUUGUCCUCGGAUAGCUGUCUGAAAUUCGGAAUGCUUUUCACUCGACCAUGCACGCAUCAUAACACGCCUAGAUGUCAUAUAUUCAGACCUGUCAAUUUGGUCACAACUGCACACGGUCCUUCUCUGUCGCACUGUGCGGCCUUUGUAUCGUAUCAUUUCAUCAGACUACACGUGUCAACCUAGAGACUGGAGACCACGAGCUCCAAAGGUCUACAGUAUUCGGUCGUGUUCGCCUUACGUCACCGGUCAGGAGGGACAACCUCGGGCUUGACGGGCAACCGAGCUUCUUGUCAUCAGCAACUCUACCUACGAUUCUCUAAUUGACGCAAGCA